UAGUUUUGUUGCGACCCUUGAAGUUUGAGCCAUGGACAUAACCCCCACAAUCGCCAACAACACCGCCCCCAACACUCCUACCAUUUCAAAAUCCCCGGAACAUGACAGUGAAACACCGACGAGGAUCCCUACCGCCGCCAAGCCCUUGUGCUUCUCCAACGGAGUCCUAAAGCGCCGCCGCCGCCUCGCCGCCCAGCCACUGCCUUUCACGUACAAGGAAUGCUUGAAAAACCAUGCAGCCAGCUUGGGAGGCCACGCCUUGGACGGUUGUGGCGAGUUCAUGGCCUCUCCCAGCGCCAACCCCGCCGACCCAAGCUCCAUCAGAUGCGCCGCCUGUGGCUGCCACCGCAAUUUCCACCGCCGUGAGCCAGAAGAGCCUAUCUCCACAACCCACGUCAUCGAGUACCAGUCUCACCAUCGACACCAUCCCCCACCGCCUCUUCCUUUUCAGGUUCCCAAUCGAAGCCCCUGUUCGGCGUCGCCACCUCCGAUCUCCUCUUCGUACUGCCCGUCCGCACCCCACAUGCUCCUGGCUCUCCCAUCAGCCGGUAUACAAGCUCCUCCGGAGAGCGCGGCUGCUCCCGCAAACGCUCUUGCAACGCCGAGCCCGAAUGCGUGGAAGCGGUUGAGGACCAAGUUCACCCAGGAUCAAAAGGAAAAGAUGUACCAUUUCGCGGAGAGGGUGGGGUGGAAGAUGCCGAAAAGGGACAAAGAAUUGGUUCAAGAGUUCUGCAAUGAUGUUGGGGUCAACAGGGGAGUGUUGAAGGUUUGGAUGCACAACAACAAGAAUACUUUUGGCAAGAGAGAUGUCGCUAAUAAUAAUGAUGGUAGGAACACCCUAGAGCAAGAACCUCACACCCUCACCGUUGAAAUCCACGCCCACGACGACAACGGGAGCGCGCAUGAUCCGAAUCAUCAUCUCUGCACCAACGAUAAUCCUGGGCCAAACCUGCGUACUAAUGGGUCCUCUUCGUCCUCUUGAAUCUUUGGUGGUGGAUGAAAGAAUCGAUGAAAGGAAAGAGAUAAUAUAUUAGAGUAAGAUCGUUGCUGGUUGAUCAGCCGUUUCUUUUCUUCCACUUUUAAUUUAGUUCUUAUCAAUGAGAUGAUCAU